GUUUCUCUCUGCCUGUUUUUCUCUCUUUUUUUUUUUUCUUUUUCUUUUUUUAUUCUCGCCUGUCUCCUCACUUCUUUUCUUCCUUUUUCCCUACCACGGGUCUCAAGAAAAAAACCAUUUGUAUGUCCCAUGCACCCUCAUCCCAUAUCCUCAAAUGGGCCCCCUCUGUCUCACGGAAUUACACUCGUGUCCUCGUUGAAUCCUUGUCCUCCCCGUCUUGAAUUCGUCUUCUUGUCAUGAGUCGUGGUUGUCCUCUCUAUAGAUGGACCACUUAACAGAUGUCCGUGAAAGAAUCUCAUCCUGGUAGAGGACUAGGCUUUUCUAUCAGGAACUUGUUCCGUUCCUCCCCUUCCCCAUCGCCAUCCCCCCGACGCAGAGUCUCGCUCCUCAUCCGACGAGGCAGGACUGCCUUCUCAAACCAACACCCUGUAUACCGAAUGAACCAUUCGACCGGACCCCCGAUGAAUUCCGCCCAGCAAAUCGACCCGUCCGCGAUGGUUGGACUUGCCGAGGCUUCGCAAGGGGCCACGGGCGACAGUCCUGAUAUCUUCGAAUGGUAUCCUCAUUACCAGAGUUGUCAGCGGUAUUUCCUGGAUCAUGCGCAGCAUAGUGCCUCGGUUCAAGCGCUCUCUUCUUUCCUGAACAUCCGUCUUCCGUUUCAGCGAUUACCCCAUCCCGUAUUCAAUUCAUCCACCGAUCCGUCCUCCGCUGCCGCUGCCGCUGCCGGGCAGGCGCCGUCUACAUCGUCGUCAACCUCGAGUCUACCUCCAUCCGUGUCGUUGAUACCUUACAUCCGUCGCCUGGUGGCCACCGGAAUGGACUUCCCCGGCGUGCUUCAUGGGUUUUUCGGAGACGAUUGGGGGCAAGGCGUUGGAUACAUACACGAACAGGAGCGUCGCAACUAUCUCUUUGCCGCCAAAAGUGGUGGCUGGGCCUCGGUGAAGAAGGACUACGACAUGCCGCCCCUUGAAACCAUUCCGUUCUUACGUCCGCUCCAGGGGCCACUGGAUUCGGAGAUCGAGGCCGCCGAGAGAAGUUGGAGUGACUGGCUCGCCAUGGAAGAUUGGAUGGUCGGGCCUCGGGCUCCGGACGUCCUUCGAGACUCGUCAUCUCAACUGUCCCGUCCUCGCAGCGCGCGAGGUUAAUUUGCAUAUAUGUAAUCCGUUUUCCUUUUUAUCAUUCUUGAGCAUCACUGCGCAGGGCGAUUUGAUGGAGUUCUGUGGGCACUUGGAUACAGCGAUCCUUCUUUUGCGUUUCCCACCCUUCUCUCCAUGAAGCGACGAUCAUACGAUUUUUUUUUCUUGAUUACUGAGCGCGAUAGAUCUCAUGGAUCCACCUAUAUAUUGCUUCAUUUAUCCCGGCUGGUUGCGCGGGAGAAAGUUAGUUAGGGACCCCCC